UAAGUGAACUAUUCUUCAGCUGAAAUCUCGCGAUAGUUGGGUCAGAGUUGUGCGAGAUUUGGAGGUCGACGGCCAUUUUUACUCCGUGGUAGAGAGAGCGCGCACUCAAACCCGGUAUGUCUGGAAUAGCAUUAGGACGUUUGUCAGAGGAGAGAAAAGCUUGGAGGAGGGACCACCCCUUUGGCUUUGUGGCCAAACCAACCAAAAAUGCUGAUGGAACCUUGAACCUGAUGAACUGGGAGUGUGCAAUCCCUGGUAAAAAGGGAACACCAUGGGAGCAGGGUCUGUAUAAGCUGCGGAUGCUGUUUAAGGAUGAUUACCCCUCCUCGCCACCAAAAUGCAAGUUUGAACCACCCCUGUUCCACCCCAACGUGUACCCAUCUGGCACUGUGUGUCUAUCACUUCUUGAUGAAGACAAAGAUUGGAGACCAGCCGUUACCAUCAAACAGAUCUUGCUAGGAAUCCAGGAACUUUUGAAUGAGCCUAACAUCAAAGACCCUGCACAGGCAGAAGCAUACUCCUUGUACUGCCAAAACCGAGCAGAGUAUGAGAAGAGAGUUCGCCAGCAAGCAAAGGCCUUUGCAGACCCGGAAAGUUAAGCUAAAGGUCAAGAACAGUAUUGGAAAGGCAUUUUGUUCAAGUUAUUCAUUUGAAGUAUUUUCUCCCCCCCCCCUCCCCAUAUACAACAAACAAAUCUGUGAGCAGGUUAAGCCUCAUCCCUAGUCAAUAGCUGUUUUACUUUAUUAACAUUCCUAAAUGUACUUUCUUAUAUGACUCAUUUCAGUGUUGUUACCUUCUAUUACCGUCUCAUGGAGGAGUAUUUAUACAAUCAAGUACCUUAUAUAACUAUAUAGAAGAAGAGUUGGGGAAAGUGAUGGUAUAUUUCUUACUUGACUUGUUCCAUUUACAUGUAAUUCUUAUCUAAUGUCAGAUUAACUACCGCACAUCCUUGAGAAAGUUGAGUUCAACUCAAAGCUGUGGGAUUUUUGCAAUUUGGGCAUGCACUCUAGUUUUCAUAGAAAUUUAGCUUCACAUCUUAUAUGCCUUUUAUGCUAACAAUCUGCUCUUGUGCCACUUAAGAUUUCCUCAGAUUAAGAAGUGUCUAAUGUACUAGAUGUGGUGCUGACAUAGAGACACAUGCACUUGUCACGCAACUUUCCUUUAUUUCUGCCAUGUAACUUGAUUUUUAAAAGGAUUAAACAUCUGACAAACUCAAAAUUGCUACACAGUAUAACAUUGUACAAAGCAUUUCUUAUUUUGCCAACCAUAGUUAGGUGGAUGGACUUGUAUCAGUUUGCAGAAAAUCUAUUUAAAAGCAUCAAAAUUACAUUGUACUGCUACUAGCAUAUGUACUACAUAUGUACUGCUACUAGCAAUUUUGACCUGCCCAUUCAAGCAAACCAUAUUUGUGUUUUUCCUGUGAAGAAAUAGUUGUUAAAGCAGUGUAAUUAUUAGUCAUUGUUUAAGUGGAGAGUUGUCCAUUUUAAGCUGAAAGCUAAGCCACUUCAUUGUAAAGGAUACCCUAUCUUCAAGAGCAUGUCAAAUGCAACAAUAUCUUAUCAAAUUCUUAGUUUAUUUAUUGUACUUUGGUGUAGUAAAUGAUUUUUCAGAUUGUCGUAGUUGUAAGUUGUAGAAAGUUUUCUCCAUGCUUGAGGCUGGUUUGUUCAUGAUAGUAACAUAUGUAUAAAUGUGUCAUAGAUUA